GUUCGAUCAAACAAUUACUUUUCCAUUGAUCUCAGCCAUUUCUUCUAAGAGAUGGCAAUUUCUGUUAAAAUUUGCUUGCUGCUCAUAGCAGUAGCUGCCUGUUACGUAGCAGCCGAACCUGAACCAGAACCAGAACCUCAUCAUGGGAAGGAAGUUAUUGUGAUAAAAGAUAAGAGUGAACACAAACAUCACCACCACCAUCAUCAUCACCAUAAACAUGACCAUGGACAUAAACACAAACAUGGACAUAACCAUCAUCAUGGACACGACCACCACCAUAAGCACGGUCACCAUCACCAUCAUGGACAUGACCAUAAGCAUGGUCACCAUCAUGGACAUCAUCAUGCUCAUCACCAUGGUCAUCACCACCAUCACGGGCAUGAUCAUCACCAUGGACAUCAUCAUGGUCAUCACCAUCAUCACGGUCAUCACCAUGAACAUGGCCACCAUCAUGGACAUCACCAUGCUCACCAUCAUGGGCAUCACCAUGGCCAUCAUCAUCAUCACGGACAUCAUCACCACCACGGACAUCAUCAUGGUCACCACCAUCAUCAUGGCCACCAUCAUCAGCACGGUCAUCACCAUGGUCAUCAUCAUGCUCACCAUCAUGGUCAUCAUCACGGGCAUCAUCAUCAGCAUGGUCACCAUCAUCACCAUGGACACCAUCAUGGACAUCACCAUGCUCACCACCACGGUCAUCAUCAUGGACAUCAUCAUGGGCAUCAUCAUGGUCACCACCAUGGCCACCAUCAUGGACAUCAUCACGGACAUCACCAUGGCCAUCAUCAUGGUCAUCAUCAUGGACAUCACCACGGUCACCAUCACGGUCAUCACCAUGGUCAUCAUCAUGGUCACCACCACGGCCACCAUCAUGGACAUCAUCACGGACAUCAUCAUGGUCAUCAUCAUGGUCAUCACCACGGUCACCACCACGGUCACCAUCACGGUCAUCACCAUGGGCAUCAUCAUGGUCAUCACCAUGGCCAUCAUCAUGGUCAUCACCAUGGUCAUCAUCACCAUGGCCAUCAUCAUAGAAGAGCCGACAUUCUUCAAAAGGGUCUUCAUGAUUUCGAUGGUCUUCUUGGAUUCCAUUUCCGUCGGUAAAAAGUUGGAAACUUUGCCUGUUUCUUGCUAUAAUACCUUUUUCUUAAAAUGUCUAUCAUAUCUUUAUUGCCAAUGGAGUUAGGGGGUUCAAUGCCUUCCCUCAGUUUUGUUGUCUGAAAUAUUUUUCUGGGGUUGCAUUUCUAGUCAGUAGAAAUCUCAAAAUGUGAAGAGAAUUCGGAUUUUCUCGAAAAGACAUUCCAAGAUAUUUUGAGUUUAUCUAUUGCAUAAUCGUUUUCAAAUGUUUCACUUCUUUUUAAAAGUGACUGUAAUUUUUAUUUAGCCACUUUUAAUAUAUUUAUUUAGUUGAAAGUAUAAUUUAUUUUUCUCUAU